GCCGUGCUCGCCCGGUGGGGCAGGAGGCGGGAGUGUUGGUGCGGUGCUCGGUAUUUUCGUCCGGCUGUGCGUGGAGCUCUCCGUCCUCUGAAAGCAGGCGAGAAGCCCCUUAACCCGGUAGGAAGGUGAGAGCCGUCAGGGCUGGAGGCGUGAGGGGAGCGGGGCCUCUGUGGUGGCCCCAGGGUGCGGCUCUGGGGGUCGCGCCGCGCGGUGUGGCCGUGACGGGCUCCCCUUGGCGCGCGGCUCCCCUCGGAGGUCGGUGCGGACGGAGCUGCCCGGGCGUCCUGUCUCUGAAUCCGCCUGUGAAGAGCUUCUCCUUAAAACAGCUUUGCCCUCAGCCUGGCGGGCGGGCGCGGCUGCGAGGAGCCCGGGGCCGUCCUCAGCCUGAGAGGAGACCUCCGGCAUGGCCUGCAGGUUGAAGGGAUAAGCCGAGAAGGAAAAUAAGUUAAUCCAUGGCCAUGAUAGAUCCUCUGGAGAACAACUUGUUUGACCUCCCUGAUUAUGAGAAUACAGAAGAUGAAACAUUUCCACCUCUCCCACCUCCUACGUCUCCAGGAAGAGGUGAUGCUGAAUGGGCUCAAGCUAAUGGAGAUCCGGAUGGAAACCAGCAGUCAGAAACAAAGGAUUCUUCUUCAGCUGCACGGAAAGCAGUUAAACGAUCAAUACCUAAACUAGAUGCUAACAGGUUAGUUUCAGAAAGAGGCCUUCCUGCCUUAAGACACAUGUUUGACAACGUGAAUUUCAAGGGUAAAGGGCAUGAGGCAGAGGAUCUGAAGACACUUCUACGACAUAUGGAACACUGGGCUCAUAGAUUAUUUCCAAAAUUGCAAUUUGAUGAUUUUAUUGACAGAGUAGAGUCUUUGGGAAACAAAAAGGAAGUUCAGACCUGCCUAAAACGAAUUAGACUUGAUCUUCCUAUUUUACAUGAAGAUUUCACAGCUAAUGAAGGUGGAGGAGGUGAAAGCAAUGGGCUGGAUAUGGCCACUGAAGAGGUACAUUCCUUCUCUGGGAAUGUAGGAGAACUCGAUUCUCUUCCGGGUACAACUCUUACUGAAGAGCAACAGCAGCGAAUCAAGAGGAACAGGCAGCUAGCCUUGGAACGUCGGCAAGCGAAGAUGCAGUGUAACAGCCAGUCCCAGCAUGAUGAGCUCUCUCCUAGUUACCCGGAAGAGGAGUUGAACAUCCCAGUUGCUCGGGAUCUGACUGGUGCUUUAGAAGACACUCAAGUCACUGCGACCAAUGUUGCUGUUACAGAAACUGAAGACAGAGAGAGAGAAUUGCAGUGUGCCAGUGAAAAGCAGUGACCAUUCCUCAUGCUUUGAAUGACUUUCUUAAUAGGACCCCAACUGUAGGGGUGCCCUUGUAGGACCCCAAGUACUACCGUUUGUAUUGAAACGUUGCUGGCUCUUUCCAGUCUCACUCCAGGAGUUUCAGGGAAGCCUUAACUAUUACAUCUGUGUAGCUGCUCAAAAAACGUUUUCUUGAAACUGCAGGUGAAUUGCUCCCUACGUUGGGAAGCAGAACACACAGGAAAUGGGUUUUCUGGCCUACUCUGACAUCUUUCAGUGGAUGUCAAACUGAAUUUAACUGGGAUGUUAACUGGUUAAGUUUGCGUGCACAUCUUUAAUAGAAGAUAUAUAAUAGAGAAUAGUGCUAUACUUAAACGGGAAUCCUGGAUUUUUUUAACUUAUCAAAUACCUGUAUUUCUUUCUUACGAAACAGAAGUUAUUAAAUUUCAAAAGUCAAACAGAAA